UGUUCCAAGGGCUUUCGCUCAGUUUGAUCACUCCCAAUUUGAGCAUUUCGUCGACCUCUUGGAACAACAACUUCUGCUUUGGUGGUGAUACUGGAUAGAAUCUCUCUUUCACUGGCACUGUAUCCAGCAGUUGGAUCGUGUGCUCUUCUAAUGUGGUACGUCCGAGUCCGCCUGAAACUUCUCACAGACUUCUGCCAGGACCUCUUGUUCCACCGGCUCCUUUUUGGAAUUAAACUCCUCAUCCUCGAUGGACAACUCCUCUACUCCCAAGAGAUCAGGUGCGAGCUCGAAUUUGCGGCAGAAAUCUAUGCCUUUGACGCAGUGACGGGCACAGUUUAUUCACCAGCUCUUCACAUCCGUCGCCCAGGAAACUCACUGAAGCUCCCGUGUCUAGCAGACCUUCUACGUGAAACUAUUGCAUCUUUACCGUAGCGAAUGCCUGAUUCUCCUUUUGCCUUGACACUGCUUCUAAGGCCGAACAAACCUCUUGGCGUUUUGUUCUUCGUUGUCUGUACCGCUCUCUCACACGCUUGACUCGGCUAGAUAUGGCCUUUUUCCUAUUGGUUCCUUCUACCAAUCCAAAUGGGUUCCGUUUUUCACUAAAUUGCUGGUCAUGGUCCGAGGAGUUGCUUUCUAAGCGUGAUCGGAGGCUAAACAUCGCUUGGAGGUAUUCAUCCACGCUUUCUCCUGUCCUUUGUCGCCUCUCUCUCAACUCACGUUCCCGCUCAAAGUUUGAUCGUUGCGUCUGGAAUCUCUGCUGCAGUGCGUGCUUCAUAUUUGGCCAAUCUGCUGGUCCUGCCGAGCGUACGUGCAUCCAGUACCAGUCCUUGGCCUGCCCUUCUACCAAGCAGUGGAAAUCUUGCAGUACUUCGCCCCAACUUACUUGGUACAACUUCUGUAAGUGCUCCAGACGAAAUAUAAAUUCAUUUACUGGCAUUCCUUUUGAUCCUCCAUCAAAAACCAGACCCCAUCUUCUCGGAUGUACCAUUUCGGGACGCUGUUCCGUUGUUAUUGGCACUCAAGAUUGUUGCCUCGUAUCUUCAGGCCAAUGCCAGGAAGAUUGUUGUGGUGGACGACUUUCCAGAUUCUCACGUUGCUGUCGCUCCAAUACUCGUUGGUCUAUGGCUUCUGUAGGAUGGAUUGAAGCCCUCUCUCCUUGGACAUUGGUGGAUCUCAUCGUGGUGGAUUGCUGAGCCGCUCCUUGAACCGCCUCCCGAAUCUACUUCAUAAAA